AUGAGAAAGUUCUUUGAAGCUUUAGCUUUGAUUUCCAGGGACCAUGAAAGAACACCUUUCCCAUGGACUGGUGAAGAACCUUGGUUGGAUACAAAUGAAUCGUUUAGGGACGGCAUUAACGCAGAAGCUGAGUUGAAAGACAAAGACUCUGUUUUCUUUUUCUGGAAAAAGGCCUUGCAGGUUAGAAAAGAGCACAAUGAUAUUCUUGUGUACGGACAUACCCUCCAAUUCUUUGAUUUAGAUAACGACAUAUUGUUCAUGUUCACCAAAGAUAUGGAUAGUAAAAAGAAAGUUUUACCUUUUUCAAUUUCAGUAGCAACAACACAAAUUUCCAAGUCCCUGAUAAAAGGGCUUCUUGAACUAUAUUUUCCAGCAACUCUGCAGAAUCAGAUGGCAAGUCGCGUACCUUACAGCAAUGGUAAGGAAGGUUUUACUCAUAAAGUAAUGAUGGCAUUAGUGUUUAUUUUCGUAUGUUUCUGUAGAGAUUCGUAA